GCCGCCCCGCGCCGCUCCCCUCUAUGCGGCCGUAGGGCGCGCGGCGCGGCAGGGCUCACCAUGUCGAUGCUCCCGACUUUUGGCUUCACCCAAGAGCAAGUGGCCUGCGUCUGCGAGGUGCUCCAGCAAGGCGGCAACAUCGAGCGGCUGGGGCGGUUCCUCUGGUCCCUCCCUGCCUGCGAGCACCUCCACAAGAACGAGAGCGUCCUGAAGGCCAAGGCGGUGGUGGCCUUCCACCGGGGCAACUUCCGCGAGCUCUACAAGAUCCUGGAGAGCCACCAGUUCUCGGCGCACAACCACCCCAAGCUGCAGCAGCUCUGGCUGAAGGCGCACUACAUCGAGGCGGAGAAGCUGCGGGGGCGACCCCUAGGGGCGGUGGGCAAGUACCGGGUGCGCCGCAAGUUCCCGCUGCCCCGCUCCAUCUGGGACGGCGAGGAGACCAGCUACUGCUUCAAGGAGAAGAGCCGCAGCGUCCUCCGGGAGUGGUACGCGCACAACCCCUACCCGUCCCCCCGCGAGAAGCGGGAGCUGGCCGAGGCCACCGGCCUCACCACCACCCAGGUCAGCAACUGGUUCAAGAACCGCCGGCAGCGGGACCGCGCCGCCGAGGCCAAGGAAAGGGAAAACAACGAGAAUUCCAACUCCAACAGCCACAACCCGCUCUCGGCGUCAAUGAACGGGAAUAAGACAGUUUUGGGGAGCUCAGAGGACGAGAAGACGCCGUCAGGGACCCCGGAUCACACCUCCUCCAGCCCCGCGCUGCUGCUCAGCUCCAACCCCGGGCUGCAGCCCCUGCACGGCCUGGGCCACCCCCAGGGCCCCAGCGCCAUCCCCGUGCCCAGCGCCGACCCCAUGCACCACCACAGCUUGCAGGACUCCAUUCUCAACCCCAUGUCAUCUAAUUUGGUCGAUCUGGGCUCUUAAAACCGUGUACACGCUCACUCCUUCGCGCCAGCCCUCCUUUCCUCAAUUUUUCCUAUUAUUUUUUUUCCUUUAAUCUUACAAGGGACUUUGAAAGCAAUGACAAACACCUUAGUGGAAGUGUUGUGCCCUUUGGCAGCAGGCUGGCUGCAGGUUUGCAAGGUAGUGGACUCCGCUGUGGGUAGCUGAUAUUGUGAAAAGCCUUAAGGGUGCUUACAGGCGUUUUCAGGCGUGUAAGGACUGUGGGACAGGAGCCGUGAUUUUCACGGCAGGCUGUAAGGCUGAUCGGUGUAGCAGCUCAUUCCAGCCUUAACUUCACAAAUCUCUCAGUGUUGUCACUCGAUCGGGCCGGUCUGUGUGGGAAGAGGCACAUCGUAAUAUUUUUAUUUUUUGGGGGGGGUGGGGAAGAAAGGGGAACGCAAGGCUGCUCUUGCCAUGCCUGUUUGAAAGUUACACAUCGCUCCCGUUAUUCUAUUGUAGCUAUGUAUCCGUGGCAGGUGUACGAUGUACAAUUUCAACUAAGAAUACAAAAGCCGUAGUCAAGAUAUAGCAGCAACACGCGCUCUAGGCAGACUCUGUAACCUUCUUGUAGCUGAUGCUAUGCAGAGAGACAGCUUCUUUGGCCUUGUCCAUGUGGUGCUUUCGCCAUUUGCUGGGUGGGAAAGGAAAUGAUGGCCCAGCUCCGGCCCGAAGGAAGGCAGAGGUAGAUUUUACCCUCGGUGUGCAACGCGGGCUGGAGCGGGUUUUAAAAGGAAAACAGGAAUUGCUGCUCAAGUUUAGACCUAAAUGACAGUAUCA